AUUCAAUAUAACUUCUUUGCUCUUUGGUUCUUUUAUUGUGAUCUCAGUUCUAACUUCUUCUAACUUCUUUCACAAAUCUGUUCGGCUUAUAUGUGCUACAAUCAGACAGUGUUUGGGUUUUACCUGGGGUAUUAAAAUUUACCCCACACCAAUUUGCAGCCAAUCCUUUCCUUUUCCUGGGAUUAGAACUUUCUGGGAAUGGUUGGUUUUGUCUGGUUUUGUGGGAUCCCGUGAGGGAUGUGCCCCUGGCUGAUGGUACCACAUAUAGCUCUCCAAUAUAAAAUAUAUCUACAAAUACUUUCUUAAAACAUCUAUUUUACCAUUAUUCAUGAUUCAUGCUAUUUGCCAGGCUGGGCAUGGUUGGACGCGUGAACUACGGCGACUCCCGAUCCUGGCCGAUCGUCGUUCCAGGCGCGACCACCCAUACCUAGCCUUGGCCUUCCCUAAUCCACGUAUUGAAUAACGUUUACUUUAUUCGGAUUUAAUUAUUACGUAGGCCUGUAAUAGUAUCCGCUUAGGUAGUACGUCAUAUCCAUACGAUAUAUAUAUCUAUGAUCUUGCACGUGUUUUAUCACAUUUAGCGAGCAGCUCGACUGUUUUAAAAUUAAGUUGUUUAUUCUGCGUUUAUUCUGGCUGCGUUUACAAAAUGUCUGACUUUAACUUUGACGAGUGGGCAAAGGAGGCCAAGUUAAAAGAAGCGACCAAAGAAUGUCUCAAAGCAAAAGAUUUCGAUGAGCAGGAGGCCCUAGAGCUCAUCACUUUAAAAGACAUUGACGCCAUGGAUAUAACCCUCGGGCAGAAAAGGUUGCUUGAAAAAGCAAUAAUAAAUUUGAAAGGUGGUCCGACCGAUACGUCUAACCCUACGCCUAACCCUACGGCAGCACAGAAACCGGCCGAAAAGAUAACGACUUCAACCCUCGCAAAAGAGUCUGGCCUGAACGCCCUGCUUCGACAGUUCGAAACGGACGGGCAAUUGGACCUACUGGUCAACGGUGCCGAGGUGAUCAAUCCAGAGAAAACCUCUGCUCACCUACCAACC